UCGCAUUCCGUGUCACAGAAGUCAGACGGAGGCUUGGUCCAGCCCAAGAGACUAAUUUCACGUAUGGAGUCAAGGCAGACGGGCUUCAUGACUUGCUGAUCAACACGGAAGAGACGAUGAUUCAGUUCUCGCGAGCAAGGCCUACUUGGCAGACAGUCUUACUCGUUCGCCCGUGGAAUCGAUACCUCCUCGAGCUUCCUGUCUUUGCAGGACUGUCUGACUUCGGAGACGAUACGGAGAGCGAGGAUGGUUAUUGGUCCGCGCCCGGGUCGCCGAUAGACGAGUCGCGCCGUGGUUCCCCGGUAGAAGAGGAGCUGCCUUUCAGCGCUUUGUUGCUAGCGCAGCAGCGCGGUGGAGAAUACAUGAGGAUCGCUUCGGAUCAUGAUAUCAUUGCACAAGUCAAAGACAUGGCUUCUGUCGACAACAUGAUGGACGUCAGAACCCUAGAAAUAUUGUAGUUGUAUGUAUUUUUUCAAGAGGGUC